ACAAAAGCUUAAAGAAACUUACAUUAGCCUCUAUAAUCGCAAAUCAAAAUGAUUUUUUAUUCAAAACUACUAAACAUAGAAAUAACAGAACCGUUACGCGUGAGUUCAUUACAAGUAUCAUAGUUACAAAUGACGCUAAUUAGGUUUUUGUUAUGAAUUUUAAUUUCUUGUUUAUUUACUGUUAUUUUACCUAAUGAUGAACAAAAAACAACUUCAGACAUCAGAAAAGGUGCCUUCUACAGCUCUGGUAGCAGUGGCAUACCAAGAUCAUCUAUUAAAAGAUUUAGCAAUCAACAAUCUUUCGUUGGUAGACCCAUUUAAAGCAAACAGACCUUCAUUAAGCCAGAGACUAAAGGAACAAGAACACAGAAGAAAAGUUGCAAUUAAGAAUGCAAAGUCUACAAUUGACACAGGUAUCAAGAGAAAAAAGGCAUUGCCUCAGAAAGAUGUCAACAAACAAAGUGAAUAUGUUCUUGAUCCAAAACCAAGGCCUCUGACUCUUGCUCAGAAAUUUGGUUUGAUCCCUCACAAUAAGGACCAGAAGAAGUUACUGACUGAAAGUGAAUGGGGAGAAGUUAAGAAGACAUCGAUGUUAAGAGAUGAUUUCAAAAGUCCGUGUGUGAUCUGUAAAGAUGAUUUUCGGGUUGCAGAUCAAGUCCUACUCAGCUGCUCGCAUGUUUUUCAUCGGGCAUGCCUAAAAGCAUUCGAAAGGUUCAGUGGUCAGAAGACAUGUCCCAUGUGUAGAAGGCAACAAUAUCAAACUAGAGUUGUUCAUGAAGGAACUAAGCAUUUCAAGCAUAAAUCUGCUACCAAAAUACAAUCCACAUGGAGAGGUUUUGUUGUAAGGAAAUGGUAUGAAGAGCUACGUAGAAGCCACCCACCAAAAAAUCCAAUUUUAAGAAAAAAGUUUUUUGAAGAUAAACUUGCCGAGAUAACGGAUCGAUUUGUGGCAGAAACUAUGGGUGACACGGUUGACCGAUUUCUACAAGACAUUGACCAAUCAGUGCAGAGCAGCAGAAAUAUUUUCCGGCAUUUUGAGAACACUCAGUUGAACACGUUAACAAGAGAGCAAUGGACAGAUAUUGAAUUGAGAGCCACGGAGAGAGGGGUAACAGAAUGUCCAAUAUGUCUUCGUGGUUUGGCAGAUUGCAGGCAUUCAAACGAAACAACCGCCAUUGUCAAGAAUGAACCAAUCGCGUUGCUUUCCUGUAGUCACGUGUUCCAUGCCACUUGUCUUAACGCACUUGAGUCUUUCUCGAUGGAUAAUGACGUCACCAGUUCCUAUAGUCACGACGUGAUGACGUCAACACCCAACGUCACUGGGCCGUCAUCCAACCUGACCUCAAGUAACCUCAUGACCCUGAGUAACCCCGACCAACCACCAGACAUACCUCUCAGUUUUAAAUGUCCGGUUUGUCGUUCUUUGUAUCGGAAAAGAAUAGUUGAAUGUUAACCAAAAUAAAAAUUCCUAAUGCGAACUGA